UGAAGCCAUGUCAUCAGCCAGGAUUACCUGCCCCCUCCUCUUUGCUGUUACUAUAGCUGCUAUCAGCUCUUUUCAGUUUGGCUACAACACUGGAGUCAUCAAUGCUCCCGAGCAGAUCAUUAAGGAAUUUGUCAACUUGACUUUGGAAAGCAAGUCUGGUGAGCCAACCUCUGAGUUUCUACUCACCUCACUUUGGUCCUUGGCUGUGGCUAUCUUCUCAGUAGGUGGCAUGAUUGGCUCCUUCUCUGUUGGAUUCUUUGUCAACCGAUUUGGCAGGCGCAACUCCAUGCUCAUCAACAAUAUACUAGGACUUAUUGGUGGUGCCCUCUUGGGCUUGGCAAAGACUGCCAAGUCAGUGGAGAUGCUGAUCUUGGGCCGUAUGGUCAUUGGUUUCUUCUGUGGACUUUGCACUGGCUUUGUGCCCAUAUAUAUUGGGGAAGUCUCCCCAACUUCCCAUCGUGGAGCCUUUGGUACCCUCAAUCAGCUGGGUAUUGUUGUGGGAAUCCUCGUUGCCCAGAUCUUUGGACUGCAGUUCAUUAUGGGAACUGAGGAACUCUGGCCAAUGUUAUUGGCCUUUACCAUCAUCCCUGCUCUUCUGCAAUCUGUAGCCCUUCCUUUCUGCCCAGAAAGUCCAAGAUUCUUACUCAUCAAUAAGAAGGAAGAAGAACAGGCCCGAAGGGUACUUGAGAAUUUGUGGGGCACUAUGGAUGUAGAACAGGAUAUCCUGGACAUGAAGAGUGAGAGUGUUAAAAUGGCACAAGAAAAGAAAGUAACUAUGUUGGACCUCUUUAGGGCACCCAAUUAUCGACAACCCAUUAUUAUUGCCAUCAUGCUCCAGCUUUCUCAACAACUCUCUGGUAUCAAUGCUGUAUUCUAUUAUUCUACAGGAAUCUUCACAGAUGCUGGUGUUAAAGAGCCAAUAUAUGCUACCAUUGGAGCUGGUGCAGUUAACACAGUAUUUACUGUCGUUUCACUCUUUCUGGUGGAGCGAGCAGGAAGGAGAACCCUCCAUCUGUUGGGCUUGGGUGGAAUGGCCUUCUGUUCUAUUGUUAUGACUAUUGCCAUGUCUAUGAAGAGUGGUGAUCAGGUGAUGAUGAGCUAUAUCUGUAUCGGCGCCAUCUUUGGCUUCGUGGCCUUCUUUGAAAUUGGGCCGGGGCCUAUCCCUUGGUUCAUUGUGGCUGAGCUUUUCAGUCAAGGCCCCCGCCCAGCUGCUAUGGCUGUGGCUGGCUUUUGCAACUGGGCCUCUAACUUCCUUGUGGGGCUGUGCUUCCCAACAGCUGCGAAAUAUUUGGGAUCCUACGUCUUUAUUAUCUUUACUUUCUUCCUCACCAUCUUCUUCGUGUUCACCUUCUUCAAAGUCCCUGAGACCCGGGGCAGAACUUUUGAGCAUAUUGCCCAGGCCUUUGAGGGCAAGAAUCAAGGUGCCAUCAGCCCCACCUUGAUUGCAGAGAAAGGCUCCAUUGUAGAUAUGAACAGCAUUGAUCCAAACAAGGACUCUUCCUCCUCUGCCCUCUAAAAUCCCACCUCCUUCUACACCUCUUCUUCUAAUCUCCCAACAUGGAAAAACAUCUCCCUGAGGUGGGGGUCCCUCACCCAGAUAUCUAUAACCCAGGACUGUUUCUGAUUGCUGCUUCUGUUUUUCUUUUUCACCUUUACUCCAUGAGCACUGAGACAUAGCUAGUGCUAGAGUCAGCUGAGCUGCACCGGCUUUUUUACCUAGAGUAUCUGGUCACUGUCUAUGCUCUGCUAAUGAACUUAUGAAAGGUCAAAUGAACUUUCCCUCCUUUCUGGAGGGAUUGGCUCCUUGGCACAUGUGCCAGUCUUUGCCACCUCUUCAUUUCCUUGGGUUCUAAUGAGAACUCAUUGAGGAACUAGAAAUUAGAAGAGUAGAUAAAAACUCCCACCCCAAUAACUACCAGUUAUUUCAGUAGUACAUAGGAGUUAGGGGUAGGAGAAAGGUAGGGGACCACAUAAGAAGAGAACAUCUUCCUCACCUUUUUUUAAAACAACUGCAGAGUGCAUUUUAUUUUAUUUGCCGGUUUUAUUUCAUAAAUAUUUAUUUUUUUAGUGUAAAAAAAAAGAAUUGCACAAAAUAAUGAAAACUGUUGAGGUCAGAGAAGGGAGAAGGGGUAUAAAUCUAUAAACAAGGGACUGGGGGAGAAGUAGAAAUUAUUUUGGCGGAGUUGAUUCAAUAAGGAUAGAAGAAAUGGAGAGAUGGAGCAAGUGCAUUAAAAGGACACCUGAAAUUUGGUACUGGAGGUUUCACAUUACCUUUAGCAAUUUCUAUACUCCAUGAAAAUGAUAAGCUAGUGAAAGAAGUCGGGCAGUGUUUGUAAUGCCUGCAAAAGCUACUGGUUUCCUUCGGGAUUUUUUUUCCUUUUUUUGAUUAGAAUAUAUAGUAUUUCUUGGAAACUGCACUAUUGUUGCCAUCCUAGGCAGUGAAGUUGAAUGCGGUUGGUGGGUUCUAGCUCUGGAGAAAGAUGGAUUUUCGAGAUAAUUUUACUGAAAACUCUCUUCUCACCAGAUGCAACUCCUUUCACUUUAUAGCUUCUAUUUUUUUUUCCUUCCCUUUAGGUGGGAAACUGGUGUCGAGGAUUGUUUCUCAACACAAAUUUUCCUUGGUUUUUGUUCUUUGGGAUUUUUUUAGGUUUUGGGUGUCUUUGGUUUCCCAUUCCCCCAAAUUCCAACAGGCAUUUUGAGAACAGGAUUUAAGGGGUAAUGUAGUAUUCAUAGGGGACUAGAAUUUGGUAUGCAGGGAGAUUUGGGGACUAAGGGUUUCAAUUCUAGAGGAUUUACCUGGGCUUCCUUGUUCAAGUGAAGAAAUGGCCAUUGCUUCCUUGUAAAUAUGUAUUUGCAUCAUCCCAUUGGAGAAGACUUGAGUGAGGCAAAGAAGGCCCACUCAUAGUUCAUAUUUGAUUUAGAUAGUAAGAAUAUAUACGUAAUGUCAUUGUCUCUUCCAGGGGGCAAAUGGAUCUUAACUAGUCCAUACUGUUAUGCUUUAUGUGUAAAGUAAUAAUUCAUUCUUUCUGGGAAGGGAUAAUCCUAGUUCCCCAGAUAUAUAAACAACUGCUGCCUUGGAGAUUUAGCCAGUCUCCCUAGUACUCUUUGAAUCUUCAGAGCCCAUACAUACACGCACAAACAUACCACUCCACUUCCUUCAAUGCUGGCUAUAUUAUACAUUCCAUUGACCCACACCAAUUAGAGUCCCUUGCUGAAGAUGAAAUAGCCUUCUAUAAUGAGCCUUACCAUUGGAGGUGGAAUGGGAAGGAAGGAUGUUCCCAGUAUUUAAGAGGUUCAGGACAGAGAGAAGGCUUGACCACUGUAGGCAAAAAAAGAUUAAGAUUAGGGUGUUAAAAUUAGGGAUUAAUCUGAACUGGAAAAGGAAGAGGAGGACAAGAUGACACUGCUGAUGAAGUUGAAUAUCUUUCCAAAUCUGUGGGCUUUGCUCUUCCAGAAACUUUGAGGGAUUGUCCUUGGUGCUUAUCUCCUCCUGACCCACCUUGUCUGUGGACAGUAUUUAGUUCUCGAUUCUCAACUUUUCCUGGUCAUUGGAGGGGGAAGAUCAAUUGAGGAAAGCUUCCUUGCUUUUCUUGGUCCUACCUAGUCCCAUCCUAGAUUCCCAGAUAAAGAACCAGGAUCUGAGAAUUGGCAAUAGUAGAGUUUUAACAGUUUCUCCCUCCUUAUUCUUCAUAGCCACAUUGUAAAUAUUUCCAAAUGUAUUUUCUAUGCUUAUUACUGUUACAAUGGUUCUGUUUUUAAAUAAAAGUUUUAAUGUAAAUAUG